AUGGAGCUGGACCAGCUCGACGUCGUGAGUCGCUGCAUUGGGCAGACGCUGACGCCACAGGAGCGGUCGAACUUGGAGCUGGGCAUGCUUAAGCGUAGCGCCACCGAGACGUUCCAGUCGCUGCGCUUCUGGGGACGCAUUUCGGGCGAGACGCAGGACUACCUCAUCUGUGUCGCCGUCAUGUCCGGUAAAGACUACCCCAAGAAGAAAUUUUACUUUUGUACCAACUCGUCACCGGAGCUCCAGCAGUUCCCACAGUUGAACAAGAAAAAGAGCACAAUGGCAGCGGCUCUGACGUCGCGGUUGAAAGGAGAUCCAGCGUUCUUGCUUAGUGACUCUGGAGAUCCACAGAGCCAGGAAGAGGGCGACGCUCCAUUCUGCGAGCUGGACCGACUCGCGUACAUUGUGGAGGAGAUCGACCACGCCACAUCGGUAGUGCCGUUGGGAGCCUACGUCGUCUCUCCGAUGCACCAGGUCAUAGCCAACCCAUCCUUCCAUGGGCUAACAUGGGAUCAGUCUCUACAGCUCUACAAUUUCUUCCACUUCCGCCAUCCAGACCUACCUGAACGUGCUCAGAUCAUCGAGAAUGCGGAAGGAUUGGUGCGUGCUGGAGACUUCCUCGACCCGCUCAUCCAAGACCUGGACGGCGUGUGGGUCAUCUCCAAGGACAACACUGGCGCAUACACGACACUACGCAACUACGUGUACCCGGGAGCAUUCUGCUUCCAUCGACCCGAAACAGCGCACCAUGGCAGUGUCUACUUCGGAGACGGCCGAAAGAACCCAGACAUCGCGUUCAUGAUCUAA